GGAAGGUACCUAAAAUCAGGAGCAAGACUCUCACCUAUUGACUGUACCGUUCUAUCAACCCUGCUAAUGAUGUCUGGUGAAGUGAUUGAAGAACUUGAUCUGACAAGAUGCUACACACCACCAUUUGGAACUGAGAGGUUUCUGAGGCUAAUAAUGAACUGCAGGAAGGCUGUGCUCAAGAGCGGACAUGUGGAAAGACACCUGCAGGUACUGUUAUCUGUUCUUCAGUCUGCCAACUCAAGCUUACAAGAGCUGUGUCUGCACGGUCUUUAUAACACUGGGGGUGAUCUCCCUAAUGAUCUCUUUUUUGUGCUUGAAAGUCCACAAUGUAGACUACAAACCUUGAGGGUGUCUGGUUUCUCUAUGAACUUAAGGCAGUGUAACACACUUGCCACCAUUCUUCAAUCCAAACUGUCCAACCUGACAACAUUGGAUUUGACAAACUGUAUUUACAGCUACAAUCAAGAUUACUCUGGGUAUUAUUCAAAACAUGAGACGAAGGAGAAAUAUGAGGAUUUCAUUGAUGACCUAACACCAUUGACUCUAAUUUGUGCUGGUUUGAUUGGACCUCUCUGCAAGCUGAAGGAAUUUAGACUGGCAUGCUGUGGGAUCACAGCGGAGGGAUGUGCUUCUUUGGCUUCAGCUCUGAAGUCCAACCCUUCCCAUCUAAGAGAGCUGGACCUCAGCUAUAACCACCCUGGAGAGUCUGGAAUGAUGGUGCUCCUUGAGAGACUGAAGGACCCAAAAUGCAGACUGGAAAUACUCGAUCUGGAUCAGAAUGAAGAACACUGGGUCAGACCACAGCUUCUGAACAAAUAUGCCUGUAAUUUGACCUUUGACAUCAAUACAGCCAAUGAACACCUUAUCCUGUCUGAAUGUGGAAGACAAGUUACUUUAACAACGGAGAAGCAAACUUAUCCUGAUCAUCCUGACAGGUUUGAACGAAGGGGUCAGGUGCUGUGCAGAGAGGCUCUAUCUGGACGCUGUUACUGGGAGGUGGAGUGGACAGCGUGCGGUGUGAACAUUGGUGUUGCCUUUAAGAAUGUUAAGAGGAAAGGAUGGGACGCAGAAAUACUAAGGAGUGAUGAAACCUGGUUAUUUUAUGAUUAUUCAUCAUGGGGUUUCUCAUUUCAACACAGACAUCAGGCUGUUUUCCUUCCACUCCCAUUUAUUGAUGUUAAAGCAUUCCUGGCCCGACCCAGGAGACUGGGCAUAUUUCUGGACUCAACUGCUGGCAUUCUGUGUUUCUAUUGGCUCUCUGAUGACACAAGGACUCUGUUUCACACGUUCCACUCAACUUUUACUGAGCCUGUUUAUCCUGUAUUCAGUAUUCCUGUUGGUUCUCUUAACCUGCCAGCUGUUGAAAAGCUGGAAAUGGAUGAUGUUCCAUUGGGCUUCACGCCUGAGGUCAGCAGAGAGAGAAUUGGUAUCUCUUACAGACCCAUGAGCUGCGACUGA